AUGGAGCCCAGAGAAGCCCCUGGGAAGGAAAACAUGGGAAGCAAGAGAAAGAACCUGACCUUCCUGAGACCCAGGCUGUAUAUGCUGGAAAGGAGGAAGACCGACACUGUGGUGGAGAGUACUGUCUCUGGGGACCACUCUGGCACCUUGAGGAGGAGCCAGUCUGACAGGACCGAGUACAACCAGAAACUACAAGAAAAGAUGACUCCACAGACUGAGCACUCCUCAGCUGAGACCCCAACCCCUGAGGAAGAGCAACAGAUGGGAAAGAUGAUGGCAAAGCGGGCAAAAAUCAUCAGGGAGCUGAUACAGACAGAGAGGGAUUACGUGACGGAUCUGGAGCUGUGCGUCAGAGAAGUGGUCCAGCCGCUGAGAAACAAACAGGUUGACAGGCUGGAUGUGGACGUCUUGUUCAGCAACAUCGAGUCCGUGCACCAGAUAUCAGCCAAGCUACUGUCCUUGUUGGAAGAGGCCACAACAGACGUCGAACCGGCCAUGCAAGUAAUCGGAGAGGUAUUCUUGCAGAUUAAAGGGCCACUGGAGGAUGUUUAUAAGGUCUACUGCUACCAUCAUGACGAAGCACACAGUGUCCUGGAGUGCUACGAAAAGGAAGAAGAGCUGAGGCAGCAUCUGAGCCACUGCAUCCAGUCCUUAAAGAAUAUAUACAUGCAAGAAGGCAAACCAAACCUGCUGGACAUGGGGUCCUUGAUGAUCAAGCCUAUCCAGCGUGUGAUGAAAUACCCGCUGCUACUGUGUGAACUGCGGAACUCCACCCCUCCCUCCCAUCCAGACUACAGGGCACUGGAGGAAGCCUUCGCUGCUGUGAAGGACAUUAACGUUAACAUCAAUGAGCUGAAGAGAAGGAAAGACCUGGUUCUAAAAUAUAAGAAGAAUGAUGAGGAUGAAUCACUCAAAGACAAACUAUCUAAACUAAAUAUUCAUUCAAUUAGCAAGAAGUCCAAAAGAGUCACAAAUCAUCUAAAGAUCCUGACCAGAGGAGAGUCACAGGUGAGAGACAAUACAUUUAACAGGGAAGAAAAGCUUUUUCGGUCACUAGAAAAGACUCUGAGGCUGUGUGUGAAGAACAUUUCGUCCUGCCUUCAGCACAUAGAGGAAGCCAUGCCCUUCACUCUGCAGAGUGUAGCAGAACUCCGUGAGAUUUCACACAAGGAUGGAGAGAACUGUUGGGAACCCCGAAAUCUUGCUUCACAUCCCUGUCAAGACUUUGUAGCUCGCUCACAGAGACUCAUCCUGACGCCCCUGUCAGCCUUGCUGUCCUUAUUCCCAGGGCCUCAGAAGCUCAUCCAAAAGCGCUAUGACAAACUACUAGACUAUAAUAGCUCCCUGCCGCGGUCAGCAGCCCAUGAAUCAGACUUGGCCAAAAGGGAGUAUGAGGCCCUCAAUGCCCAGCUUGUGGAAGAGCUUCAGGCAUUCAACCAGGCAGCCAGGAAGAUCCUGCUGAACUGUCUGUGUAGUUUCAUCACCCUGCUCCGGGACUUGAUGCUGAUGGCUCUGGAGGCUUAUUCCACAAUCAAGCAGGUGCCACUGCUGGUCUUGAGCAUCUCUGAGAUUCAAAAUCGAGUUCUAGAAGAGGUUCAAAACUUGAAUUUUGUAAAGGACAACAGUGCCACCUUUAUUGAGAGGAAACUUAGCUUUGAGAAGAAGAAGCCUGCUCAGGUUCCGCCAGAAGUGCCACAUCAAACUGACGAUCACCGCUCCAAACUUCUGACCACAUACAGAGCAGAGGAGCUCUACCGAGCUAAGCGCAAGUGCAAUGCCACCCAAGAGCAUGACAUCAAUCUUCUAGAAGGAGAGUUGGUAGCAGUCUUAGAACAGAAGGAUCCCCUGGGGAGUACAAGCAGAUGGUUUGUUGACACAGGAUUUGUAAGAGGCUACGUGUAUUCCUCCUUCCUAAAACCCUACAAGCCAGCGAAGGAGCAGAAGGCAGAUGCUGAGAACAGACUCUGUGAUGAUGAUUUCGAGAACCUCAGCCUCUUUGUGUCUUGCCGGCCAGCGGGAGACAGUGUUAUUGGUACUCCUGAAGGCAGCAUAAGCGACAGCAGCUCAUCUCUCAGUGGCACUUGUGGGAAGUUUGAAACAAAUGGUGCUGAUGUUGAUAAUUUUCAAGAGGAAGACGAACAGAUUUUCUAUGCAGUCCAUGCUUUCCAAGCACGGAGCGACCAUGAGCUCAGCCUUCAAGAGUACCAGAGAGUCCACAUACUUAGAUUUUGUGACCUAAGUGGGAAUAAAGAGUGGUGGCUAGCUGAAGCACAAGGGCAGAAGGGGUAUGUGCCAGCUAACUACCUUGGGAAGAUGACAUAUGCGUAAGGAAAUAAGCAAAAAAUGACAUUCAUCUCCGGGCAAGUUGCUUAUUGACUACCUCAUAAAACAGACAGGGAAAUUCAAACCAGACACUAUA